GAGUGCUGAGGGGGUGUCUGUGAGUUUGCGGGAGUGAUGAUAUUUACUUGAUUGAGUCAGCAGGUCUGCUGGGGGCAUGAGGCACUGGCUUGCCAAGGGAGAUGUUCACCACGGCCUUUCUCCUUCACCCGACCUUCAUGUCCCCAGUGGCCCAGACUGCUCAGCCCCUCCCACACCAUCACCUCUGCCCUGAGGCAGGGUCUGCCUUGCUGAGAGGCUGGACCUGAGCCACCAGUUGGAGGAACAUACUCCUGCCGGGCAGUGACUGCCGUCAUGGCCCUGCCGCUGCUCUGUCGCCUGUGCCUCCUCGCCCGCCGGCCACGUGGCAUUCCUGGGCUCGCUCUGCUGCUGCUGCUGGUGCUGCCACUCUGGGCAGGGGCCCGCUGCCCUUGCCAGGAUCCAGCGUUGUGCCAACCCAUCCGCCACCACCCUGACUUCGAGGUCUUUGUGUUUGAUGUUGGAUAUAAAACUUGGAAAUUUUAUGACUGGUCACAGAUUACAACUGUGGUAAUUUUUGGAAAAUAUGAUCCAGAACUUAUGUGCUACGCUCAUUCACACGGAGCCAGAGUAGUGCUAAAAGGAGAUAUACCCUUAAAAGAUAUAAUUGAUCCUACUUUCAGAGCAUCCUGGAUAGCUCAAAAAGUUAAGUUGGCCAAGGCACAAUAUAUGGACGGAAUGAAUAUAGACAUAGAGCAAGAAGCUAAUUGUUUUUCACCUGAAUAUUAUGCAUUAACUGCUUUAGUCAAAGAAGCCACAGACUCUUUCCAUCGUGAAAUUAAGGGAUCACAGGUAACCUUUGAUGUAACUUGGUCUCCAAAGUGCAAAGACAGGUGCUAUAAUUACACUGGAAUUGCAGAUGCUUGUGACUUUCUCUUUGUGAUGUCUUAUGAUGAACAAAGUCCGGCCUUGUCAGAAUGUAUUGCAGCAGCCAAUGCUCCCUAUAAGGAGACAUUAACUGGGUAUGAUGACUACAUCAAGAUCGGCAUUAACCCUGAGAAACUUGUAAUGGGUAUCCCCUGGUAUGGUUAUGACUAUACCUGUCUAAAGCUAUUGGAGGAUCGUGUUUGUACCAUUCCAAAAGUCCCUUCCUGGAGGGCCUCUUGUGGUAUUGCUUCAGGACAGCAGGUGCCCUAUAAAAUAAUUAUGAAGCACGUAAAUAGUUCUAUUUCUGGAAGCCACUGGGAUAAAAAUCAGCAGGCCUCUUACUAUAACUAUAAAGAUUCUUCUGGCCAUUUGCAUCAAGUGUGGUAUGAUAACCCUCAGAGCAUUUCUUUAAAGACAGCAUACAUACAAAAGCAUGGCUUACGAGGCAUUGGCAUGUGGCACGCAAAUUGUCUUGACUACUCUGGAGAUGCUGUAGCCAAACAGCAAACCAAAGAAAUGUGGAAAGUCUUAAACCCAAAGCUGUGACAGAUGAGCAUCUUUUGUCAAACUAAGAUUUAGAAAAAUGAUCUGUAUAAAUAGAUCCGUUUCUUGAAGAAAUGAAAAUGUAUACAUUUUUGUCAUAUAAUUUAGUUAUAUUUAAAAGCAAUUAAAAGCAGAUAAAUGCUUUGGUUAUCUAAAAACAAAGGUAAGAAGUCAACUUGCUAUAUUUAUUCUUCUGUGUUUAAUACUAUAAUUAGGAAAAAUUGUUUUCAGAAUUUUAUUGCUGAUUUUUAAAAUAUGUAUAAUUUGAAUUGGAAAUUAUUUGCUUAGACUAGAUUUUUUAAAACCUAGUCUUUGAGAAGCAGUUAGCUCUGUACUUUUUGUUCCAAAAAUUUUUCUGCUUCCUGAUUUCAUAUAGUACUCAAAUUCUCUGAAAGCCUCCAGAGGAAAAAAUAAAAUAUAAGUCAUAUUUUGAAUUAGUAUGUUAGAACUGCCUAAUAUUUUUUACCUAAAUUAUUUUUAUGAGGUUAUAGCAGAAACUUUCAGGAAAAACUUAGUGUUGAACAUGAUUCUAUUAAUAUUCCUUCAUUUAUGAACAUCUAUAAUUUCUUUCCAUUGUUAAAUUUUUUUCUAUAUGUGCAUUUUUCCUUUAAUUAUUUAAAGACAUUGGUUUUUCAACUUUUUUCUCUGCACAAAAUCUCUCUAAAAGAUAAUUUUUCUAAAUGUAAAGAGGUCUCUGUUCUUUUCCUCAGGGCAAUUGUGUUACACUUAUUAAAAAUCUGCAUCCUUGAACUCUGGACUUACAUAAAUCCUGUCUUUGUACAUUUCACCCUCUUCCCUCAUUUGGAAUAAAUGAUGAUUCAGUCACCUGUU